UCCUCCCUCUCUGCGUAAACGGAGCGAGUGGAGAAGGAGAGCGCGCACGGAGAGAACAGCACAGCUUUUGUGGCGAGGCAGCAGCAGCAGCAGCAGCGGCAGAGUCGGCGGCGCUGACACGAGUGACGGGACCCCGUGGCGAUUCCCACCACCUCUCUCCUCUCACAGCUUAACCCUCUGAGACGGACCUCCGCAUCGGGGACUACAGGCGAUACACUCCGCCACCUUUUUCUUUUUUUCCCCCUUCGCUUUUUGGACUCGUUUGAUUAAUCAGCAGACCUUGAGUUGGAGGAAGGAAAGGGAGGGGGGUCCUCGUUUCCCCCGCCGAGGAGUUGUGUGCGCGUGUGUGUUUUUACGCGUUGCCUGUAAUGGGGAAAAGUGGACAGAGAAGUGGAAUAGGACGCCGGGGCUGCAGCUUGGUGAGGAUGUGUGCCACGCCGGGGAUCCUGCUCCUCGUCAUGGUGCUCGCACACCGAGGAGUCGGCCAAGUGAGAGAUGAUGACGAUUUCCUGAGCCUCAGCGAACUCCCGGAAACCUUCCCCUCGGACCCUCCGGAGCCCUUACCUCACUUCCUGUUCGAACCCGAGGAAGGCUACAUUGUGAAGAAUAAACCUGUCAAUCUCUACUGCAAGGCAACGCCCGCCACACAGAUUUAUUUUAAGUGCAACAGCGAAUGGGUCCAUCAGAAGGACCACACGGUGGAGGAGAGGGUGGACGAAAACUCGGGUCUGGUCGUAAGAGAAGCCACCAUAGAAAUCACACGGCAGCAGGUGGAGGAGCUGUUCGGCCCUGAAGAUUACCGGUGUCAGUGCGUCGCCUGGAGCUCGGCUGGAACCACCAAGAGCCGCAAGGCGCACGUCCGCAUUGCAUACCUGAAGAAGUCAUUUGAACAGGAACCUCUAGGAAAGGAAGUAUCUCUGGAGCAGGAAGUGCUGCUGCAGUGUCGCCCUCCGGAGGGCAUCCCAGCUGCUGAGGUGGAGUGGUUGAAAAACGAAGAAAUAAUUGAUCCCGCAGAGGACAGAAACUUCUAUAUCACCAUCGACCACAACCUGAUCAUCAAACAGGCGCGUCUGUCCGACACAGCCAACUACACGUGUGUGGCUAAGAACAUAGUGGCCAAACGACGAAGCACUACGGCAACCGUCAUUGUUUACGUAAACGGUGGUUGGUCUACAUGGACGGAGUGGUCUACGUGCAACAGUCGCUGUGGGCGGGGCUUCCAGAAACGCACCCGUAGCUGCACUAACCCCGCCCCUCUCAAUGGAGGACUGCCAUGUGAUGGACAGGCCAUUCAGAAACUGGCCUGCACCACACUUUGCACUGUGGACGGUGUGUGGACAGAGUGGAGUAAGUGGUCGGCCUGUGGGACCGAGUGUACCCAAUGGAGGAGGAGGGAGUGCAACGACCCAGCACCUAAAAACGGAGGAAAGGACUGCGAUGGGACGGUGCUCCACUCACAGAACUGCACCGACGGUCUCUGCAUGCAAAGUUCAUUGUUUCAGAAGUCAACUGAGACCAAAGAAAAGAGUGAUUUGGGAGUCCCAUCGGCUCCGAGCACCGACGAUGUGGCUCUCUACGUGGGCAUUGUCAUUGCAGUGAUUAUGUGCCUGGUCAUCUCUGUCAUCGUGGCGCUCUUUGUCUACCGCAAGACGCACCGUGACUUUGACUCGGACAUUAUCGACACCUCGGCGCUAAAUGGCGGCUUCCAGUCCGUUAAUAUCAAAACAGCCAGAUCAGCCGAUCUGCUGACGGCUCCUCCUGACUUGACAAAUGCAGCCGCCAUGUACCGUGGUCCGGUGUACGCCCUCCAUGAUGUCUCUGAUAAAAUCCCAAUGACCAACUCCCCCCUCCUGGACCCACUCCCCAACCUAAAGAUCAAAGUGUACAACUCAUCCGGUUUGGUCACACCCCAGGACGACCUCGGAGGAGACUUCACAUCCAAACUCUCUCCCAAGGUGACUCAGUCUCUGUUAGAUAACAGCGACACCAUGAACCUCCGCAACCAGAGCUUGGCCCGAACGCGAGACCCUUCCUGCACCGCUCACGGAUCCUUCAACAACCAGGGAGGACACCUCAUUGUACCCAACUCUGGUGUGAGUUUGUUGGUUCCAGCGGGUGCUGUUCCUCAGGGUCGGAUAUAUGAGAUGUAUGUGACUGUGCACAGGAAGGACAGCUUGAGACCCCCGGUGGAGGACAUCCAGACGGUGCUGAGCCCAGUGGUGAGUUGUGGACCUACAGGGGCGCUGCUGACCAGACCAGUGAUCCUCACCAUUCACCACUGUGCUGAUAAUGUCCAGGAGGACUGGCUCAUUCAGCUGAAGAACCAACUGGCCAUGGGAGAGUGGGAGGAUGUGGUUGUAGUAGGAGAGGAAAACUUCACCACCCCCUGCUAUGUGCAGAUGGACUUGGAGGCCUGUCACAUCCUAACGGAGACACUUGGGACUUACUGCCUGGUGGGCCAGUCGAUCUGCAAGGCAGCCGCUAAGAGGCUCAAACUUGCUGUUUUUGGACCCGUGUCCUGCACAUCUUUGGACUAUCACAUCAGGGUCUAUUGUCUGGACGACACACAGGAUGCACUGAAGGAGGUUCUUCAGAUGGAGACCCAGAUGGGGGGGAAACUUCUAGAUGAGCCAAAGACCCUGGACUUUAAAGACAGCACACACAAUCUAAGACUUUCGAUCCACGAUGUGCCGCACACUCAAUGGAAGAGCAAACUCAUUGCAAAAUAUCAGGAGAUCCCAUUCUACCAGGUGUGGAGUGGCAGUCAGAGAACUCUUCACUGUACCUUCACUCUGGAGAGACUGAGCCUCGCCACCACAGAGAUCAGCUGUAAACUGUGUGUACGGCAGGUGGAAGGGGAAGGACAGAUCUUUCAGCUCAGCAACACGUUAGAAGAGGAGGUCCAGUGCAUAGACACAUCCUUGAUGGACCCAGCUAGUAACAUCACAACCUUAGUGGGACCCAACGCCUUCCGCAUUCCUUUAUCCAUCAGACAGAAGUUGUGUGGCAGUCUAGAUGCACCACAGACCAGAGGCAAUGACUGGAGGUUGCUGGCGCACAAACUCCAUCUUGACAGGUACCUGAACUACUUUGCCACCAAGUCCAGUCCGACGGGUGUCAUCUUGGAUCUGUGGGAGGCUCAGCACUUUCCGGAUGGAGACCUAAAUGAACUGGCAGCUGUGCUGGAAGAGAUGGGUCGCCAUGACGGUAGCCUUGCCUCCAUGACGACGGAACAUUUCUGAAGCUUUGUGGUUACCGUGACAACGGCAGAGCUCUGGAGACGAUUACAAGCAAAUUCUCUACAGUUGAUUCUGCGGCAAGGGCAAUGGGUGAACUAGAUGUGAGCAAAAGAAAUGGUUAAAUACCACGGUUACUAUGCCUACAAGAGGCGAUGAAUGCUCGAGCUCGUGCAAGAAACUAUGCGUGUAUCUUUGUGUGCUUGCUAGAGCAGUGUUGCAGUAUGCUGUGUGAAGGAGGACCGAAGGAGACGUAACCCAACCCAGAACACAAACAAAGUCCACCAGGAACAAACAAAACAUACACACAUCUGGUGAAAUACCAGUUUUUUUCUUGUUUCUUGUUUCUAGAAAAGCAGAGAAAAGACGGAACCGAUGUACUGACCUUGAAAGCCUUUAUAGAAUGGAGGAAUGGAGCAGAAUCAAGAAAGGAAAGCUAAACUGAUUACAAACAAAUAGGGGAAGUUAGAGGAAAAAGAGGGAGUGAGUCACAGACCAGACUCUUUAAUAAGACAAGAGUAAACUAAAGGACAGGAUAAGCUGAUUACAAAAGGGAGGGAGGACGUAAAUAUAAACUGAUGGAUGAUGGAGGAAGACGCAGGUGAUCGUCUGUACCAACAGGAUGGAAAACAGAUAAUAAAAGAGGGGAAGUACAGAAGCAACGUGAGCCUUGGCUGUACUUGUUUUGCCAGUUCAGCUUCUUUUCUUUGUAUCGUAGAGAAAGCUCUUUGUAUUCUGCUUUCCAUAUGUGAGAACUUACUACAUAGUGACUUUCAAUCAAGGAUUUCCCACAUCAUGAUGUUUGAAUUAGUUUUAUAUUAAGCAUCACGUUUGUGGCUUUUCUCUGAAACUCAUGCAGAUGUGAAGUGAUCUGUGUCACAGCAGGGCGAGAGGUACUAAGUCUAAGGGCAACUGAACUCACUGUCCCCUUGCCUUUAACUUGUGCCUCUGAUUGUCUUAAAAAAAGACCAAAGGUGGCAACACUCCUGACGGAUUCAAGUUAACAUAUUUUUUGUUUUUCAUUUUUAGCAGUGUGUGGUUCUGAAAGAAUUAUAAAACACUUUAUAGGUGUAUUCAUCCAUGGUAAACAGAUGGGAACAAAGUUAAACUGCCAGAAAGUCAUUCUCAUACAUAGCAUGUUUUAUGUUUAUUUUAUUGGCAUCAGCAUUUACAAAUUUCAUUUGUUUUGUGUUAACUGCUGCUCCAUUUAGUGAUUUGGAUGAGGCUGUAAUGCAGACAAAUUGUGGGGAAUUCCAGCUACGGCUCUCGCAUUUGGUCAACCACAACCUGCAUUCCAGCAGCAUCUCUGCAUUACCUAGUAACCGGCUGGUUUCUGGACCUGGUCCGACUCAGAAAAUACUUAAAGGGAAAAAAUAGGGAUGAACUAAAAAAUAAAACACUAGUAUUUUUAAAUACAGUGAUCUACAAACUACCAUAGUAUUAUGUGAUAGUGAGAUUAAUAGCUGAUCUCAUUCAUUACCGUUAAAUGUUCGCAGUAUACUGAUUUUAUCAGACAUUUUAAUUUACUAUCAUAUAUAUAUAGCCUAUGAAUAUGCAUUUCUAACAGUAUUCAUGGCUUUUAUCACCGGAUGCCAGAUGUAUUGUCCGCCGUCAGGCCUCGUGUGAUUUAAAUUGUGCUCACCGCCAUGUCUUGAUUAUGGUCACUAGCACCCUCCAGUGGCUUUUGGAGAAUAACAGCAUUUACAUUUUUUUUUGUCUGAAAUGUGUAAAUACAUUAUUAUCAUGUCCAUUCUAAUAACCUUUUAAUAUCAUAAUUGUGUUGUUCGGUUGUCAUUUUUGUGUCAUUUACUAUUAUUUUUCAUGCCAUAUGUAUGAUUUCAUAGGUGUGAACUGUAUGUAACGUAGCAGUUAGCUGCCUUUAUCUAGAACAAUGUUCCGUCAGCAACUUGCAUUCCAACACGUGCUGUAUUUGUUGAAAAAGUUACAUCUCAAAAUACCAACUCAAGGAGCCUACUCUAUGUAAAAUGAAGUGUAAAUUUAUGUGUUUGGCUGAGCUUAUUGUGAAGCAGGGCUGCUCUUCAGAUGAAUGCGUAGACACGGGUCAACAGUGUCUUACUAAAAGGUUAAACUCCAACAACCAGCGUUGAUGGAGGCCUUAUUUUCUGUGACUUUUUGGGCUUUCAAAGGCCUGUGGACAGGAAUUCUAUUCACCACGUGCAGGACAAAAUUAACUUUCAGUACAAAGGGAAUACAUGUAAAAUAUUGAAUAUCUGGAGUCACGAUUUUUCUGCUCCUAAUUACGGAGAGACGCCAUAUGAAACGGAGCGAUGGGUAUGUAAGAGAUGCUGAGGAGGAUAUUGUAAAGACAACAAAGUUGACCUCUUUGUGCCAAUUAUCAUCUCGCAGCUGAACUUUGAGACAAACAUUUGACAUUGAUUCCCCAUAAAUAUGGAACUCAAAACAUGGGACCUCUUGUGUCUGUGGAGAACCAGACAAAGAAGCGAUGGAGGCCUCACGGAGAGUCUUAUUAACGAAAUUAGAAAAGGUGUGUGGUCAACUGACGUAAUGGAUGUUAUGUAUGCUACCACAGAUUUCCCUUUAUGAAUAUCAAAGGCUAAAACAUUCAUCAAUUCAGUACUUUUCAAAAUAUAAACCCAAAGUUCGUGACAGUGUCUCAUUCAUACAACGUGAUCAACAAAUGCAGAAUACACAACCCACUAACUGCGAGGAGAGGAUUUGUUAAGAACCAAAAUUAGAUCCUUCGCAUAUUGAAGAGAUCAAUGGAAUAGUCUGAACGGGGGGGUUCUCAUAUGACGAUGGCAAACAGAAGGUGAUCCGUCUUGAUCUGCAAAUGAAGAAAGUAUGUAAAAAAUAUUUUGUAUCCACAAUAUGUACAGUUGUGUACUGUCAGCUAUAUUUGGCCAAUCUGAGAAUAUAAAAAAGAGCAGUACAGUUAGAGACUAGUUUGUAUGUUUCUUUCUUUUUUGUAAAAGCAGUGUCUACUAUGCAAACUUGACAUUGGUUAUCUUGAUAGCAGUUUAUAAGUCUAUAAAUAGAGCUGUGCUUGUAAGUGCAUUUUUAUUUUACUAUCAGGGGUGAUUUGAUUUCGUUAGUGUCGGGUGGUGAAGGUCCAUUUUUGCUAAUUCUGGCACGCUUCAUGAAUCUUGCUCAAUCUUGCUGAAUGCUCGCCUCUCUAUCUCCUCUAACUGUUUUCUGUACAAAGUGUAAGAAAGAAUUUUUAAGACAAUUAAUAAAUUAUAUUUAUAAGCAAUGCUGAA